AUGGCGACAUCAUUUUCAAUUCGACCACAAUUUAUAUAUGAUAAAGUAAUAAAUUGGUUUCCAGGUCAUAUGGCAAAAGGAAUAAGGAUAAUAUCUGAGAGAUUAUCAAGUGUAGAUUUAAUUGUUGAAGCCAGGGAUGCUAGAAUAUCCUUUUCUAAAAAAAAACCGAUAAUUGAUGCAUUUAGAAAACAUCGUAAUCAACAUGUUAUAUUUACAAACGCAAACAUGGAUAAAAAUGUAAAAAAAAUCAUUAAUUUUGCCGCAGUUAUGGUAGUUGGGAUGCCAAACGUUGGGAAGUCCUCUUUAAUUAAUUCAAUGAGAAGAAUUGGUGUACAUAAAGGAAAAGCUGCAAAAACUGGUGCACUACCAGGAGUAACUCGAUCAGUUGCUGUCACGUCCAUCAAAGUCCUAGAAGAUCCUCCAGUAUAUUUAAUCGAUACGCCCGGUGUUAUGAUACCACACAUUCCGGACCCUGUGAGUUCCCUAAAGGUUGCAUUAACAGGAGGUAUAAGAGAUCAUUUAUCGAGUGAAGAAGUUAUGGCGGAUUAUUUACUUUGGCGUUUAAAUAAUUUUGGAAAUUUCAGUUACGUGGAAAAAUUUAAAUUGUCAGGUCCUACAGAUGACAUAAAUUUCCUGUUACCAGCAAUAUCAAAACGUAUAGGUGCGUUACAAAAAUAUGGCGAAUUUGACCUGAGAACUGCCGCGAUGUUUUUUAUUAAACAAUAUCGAGAUGGUAAAUAUGGUAAAUAUACUUUAGAUGAUAUCACCAUCGAUACUCUAAAUAAAUAUUUUCUUAAUGAAAAUAAUCCCGAUAAACAUAUUUUGUUGAGUAAAAAUCAAGAAAAAAAAUUAUUAUGGGAGAAAAAAAAAGAAAAGAGGUUAGAAAGAUGGAAAAGACAAGGUUAUUCUAUCAGAAAAUCCAAUUCGAAAGGUGGUUAG